AUGGAUUCUUCCUCAAACAAACAAGAUCCAAUUGAAUCGGCGACCGUGGAUUCUCAAGCAGCCAACUCCCAAGCAGCAAAGGCUGAACCAGCAGCCAAUGCCUCGACCAAAGAGGAGCUCCCCGCCAUAGAGAAUCUUUGUCUACAUCAGCCAAUGGCCGUAGGCUCUGGCAAAGAAUACAUUGAGAAGCUUCGCUCUCUGGAGAGCGCUUGGGGCCAAGUUCACCAUGGCGUCCAGAGGCGAACCAACACGCUAAAUGAACUUCGGUCCGGUUUCAGCGACUUCAAGAAGGAAGUCCAAGCAGUCGAGAGAAUGUUGAAGGCGAGAAAAUCGAAAAAAUCGAGAAAAUAA